AUGCCCGAGCUGGAGGGACACAAGAAGGAAAUGUUUGCCGACUCCUAUCUCUUUAAAUCGGAGAUAGGAAUGUAUAGCACAGUCCUACCAGAGUUUGAGAGGGUACUCCGCCAGGCGGACACCAAGUUGCAUGGGGAGCGUAUAUUUCACAGUCUAGAGCCACGACAGGUGAUGAUUUUCGAGGAUCUCGUCGAGAUCGGCUAUUUUGUGGUGAGGGAUCGUGCACCCACUUUUGAGGAAAUUCGUCGGGCCUAUUUAAAGCUGGCCAAAUGCCAUGCCGUCAGCAUGAAGAUACUAAAUGAGAAUCCAGAUUUCCUUAAAGAAUACACACUCGGAUUGUUUGGUUUAUGUGCUAUGAUGGAGGACCCCAUAAUGGCAAGCGGAAUGGCUCCCUUUAUUGAACUGCUCGGCAAAGUGCCGGAGUUCAAUAAGUACAAGCCAUACUUUGAGAAAAUCAAAGGAAAUUAUCUACAACGCGUGAGGGACAUCAUGGAGGAGCAUCGUGAGAAUCCAAGGCCGGAUGGGUAUUAUGUGCUUUCCCAUUUUCACGAACAAUGA